GUUCUCGUUGAGUUUCUGGCGCUGUUUCAGUUUCAGUUCGCCGAUGGUGCGCUUACAAAACGCCGGCUGGCGGCGGACGGGCACGCGCUCCCAGACACCCACCUAUCCACCCACCAACGCUCUUGCACGCGGACAGACACGAACCGACAGCCACUCUUGAGGGAAAAGAGUGUUGAAUGCAAUUUGGCGGUGAAAGUGCAAACUGCAGCGCGGGGGCGGGUCGAAGGCGAAUCGCAUGGGGUCGCGUAGGGUUGGGUCUCACGAUUCAGGGGGCUGCUGCGGUUGAAGCCACUUGGAGCGAACGUUGGCAAUUUUCUGGCGUUAUUUUUGGAUUAAGCAGCGCCAAAUUGUAACAGACGAACGAACAACGACCGACAAUUAACGAUUAACAUUAAGUCCAACAGAAACUGAAAGCUGAAGUGGGGGAAAACUGAAAAGUGUUUGGAAUUCUGUUUUCCAACAACAACAACAGCAACAACAACAGAACAGCCACAAGCAACCAGAAACCAGAGAACACCAACAAAAAGAGCAACAACUUGUAAACCACUCUUAAAACGAUAAGCGGAUCCAAGUCCCACACAGAAGUUUUUACUACGAGAAAAAACUGCAGAAGAGUUUGGGGCAGAAAAUUUAAAAAAAUAUUUUUUAUCAACAAUAUUUUUCGAAAAACUUUUUGAAGAAACCCGAACAGCAUCAGAAGAAAGAAAGAGAAUAAGAGAGGAAGAAAAGCCAAAGCCAAAGCCAAACUCAAACAGCAAGCAGAAGCAAGCAGCAACAAGCAGCGACAAGCAGCAGAGGAAAAGCAGUUGGAAAAAAGAAAAGAAACCAGAGCAAAGGAGAUAUCAAAAUGGCCGCCCUACAACGGAAGCUGGUGCACAAGCAGUUCAACUCCCCAAUGGGCCUCUACUCCCAGGAGAACGUCAAGGCCACGUUGAACCGCGAGCUGAAGGCCUUCGGCGGCGAGGGGAUUGAAGUCGACGAUCAAAUCGCCAAGCCCCUGAACCUUGCCAAUUCGGCCGUUCUAAGAGCUGUCGAAGAGGAAGAGCAGCAAGCCAAAUGCGACUUUUACCCCCAAGAAAGACAGAGUCGCACGCGACAGCGCGAUGGCGAUGGCCUGCAUCAUACGCUGCACCAGCAGCUGCUGGACCAGAUCAAGACCCACUACCUCAGCCACCAGCAGGACAUCACCAUUGACCGGGACACGGUGCUCAAGAUCAAUCGCAUGGCCACCAAGCGACAUAUGCUCAAGCGGGAUCACAGCUGGCCGCCUACGGAGGCGGAAGCGGUGGCAAUAACCGCAAGCAGCCCGGAUCUGAGCCACAUCCCCUCUAGUGCUUCGCACAGCAUUGAGGCGCUGCGCGAGAAGUUCCAGAGUCCGACGAUGAUCAUCGAACCCACGGCCAAGCAGGUGCGCGAACAGAGGCAACGAGAGGGCUCCAAGGAGCGUCCAAUCACACCUCUUAGAACCACGGAACUGCAGUUGGCCCAGGUCUACCACCAGACGCCUGUUGCGAAGGGCUUCUCUGCCCCGGAGACCAAAGCAGCCGAUGUAGAUCUGGGUCUGGUGGCCCCCCGAUGCGAGUACUACGAGCAGCUGGCCCACAAGCGACCCACAACGCCCACAACACUCACGAUCACUCCUUACAGGCCAAGGCCCAAGCGACAGGCCUACUCCCUGGACCGCGGACGCUCCCGCAAGCGGACGGUGGCAGCAGCUGGAGCUCCAGAGCUGCCGCCGCCCAAGCCACGAUCCACGAAGGUGCCGAAGGUCCAGCGCAGAUGCAUCAAGCUAGCCACCGAAGUGAAGAUCUCCUACGACAACGAGGCCGAUAGCGAAGAGGAGGACAAGCCCAAGCCCAAGCCCAAGGUCGCUACCAGCCAAGAGGUGGACUUGGAGGCCGUUCCGCUGCCACCGAUACCCAGAGAAGCCCAAGCAGCUGCCGCCCAGAUCGAGGGCUUGCCAAGAAAGUCACCAGCGGUAAUUGACAGCCUGGCAGUCAAGCGGCAGCAGCAGAUGGCUCUGGCCCUGGCCAGCACCAGCACCGGCACCGGCCGUCCCAGUCAGAGUCCGAGCCAGGAGCUGGGCGCUGGUACCGCCGCCACUCGCAUCAUACCAGUCCGCGUUGAGGCAUCGGGCGAUCUUCAGCUUCAGCCGAGUGCCCAGCAGAUCUACGACGACGCCUGCACCUACCUGCAGCAGGACCAGCAGGAGAUGGAGGAUGCAUCCAAUGCCCAUGCUCCCUGUGGCACCACCUAUGUAAGCGCAACCAGUGGCAUCAAGCUGCUCCAGCGGCAGGCCAGUAUGGCCAGGACAACAACCAACAGCAACAGUGCUCCCACUCCACCACCUCCACCACCGCCGCCAAUGCCAGUCCCUCCCAAGAUGCGGCCCAAGUCCGGCGAGGAAUCAGUGGCCAGGGCCAAGCAAGCCCGUCGCCAGGGCGGAGUCUACAGCACGGAAACGGCGACGGAAUCAGAGGCGGAGAAGCAACACGAGGCUCAUGUGGAGAUUUCGCAGCUGGAAGCAAAGUAUGCCCACAUACAGCAGUCCAUAGCGGAGCACCUGCGUCAGAUAGAUACCUACAUGGAAAACGCCAAGAUGGCACUGCAACGGAGUGUCCAAACCACUCCUGUGCCCACAGUCGAAGGCGCUGUCACUGCCACUCCACCUCCUCCACCACCACCACCACCACCGCCUCUUGCUCCAGCAUCUCUGCAGAUCAAACCAGAAAGCGGCCACAACGAAUUGUGGGACAUGUUCUCCUCGCGCCAGUCGCCCAUUCUGGCCGUGGAGAGUCCUCUGCAGGCGAUACUCCGUCAGAUCUAUUGCCGUGCAUCGGGAAGACCCGGCAGCGUGGCCAAAGAAGAGUCCAUAGCGGAGGCGGCCAACGAAGAGAUCACCGAGAAUGUGCCGAUUGUGGAACGAGCCCUCGAGGACCUGCACAGAAUCGCCCUGGCACUGGACAAGCAACAGGGGCAGCCCCAGCCGGAUCUGGCGAUGGAUCAGCAUCAGAAGCAGGAUCUGGAGAAACUAUUGCAAGUAGAACACAUGACGACGCCAGCUGCGGUCAAAGCUCAACACGUUGUCAUCGAGGAUGAGGAGGAGGAUACGGAAGAUGUGGAAGAUGCGGAGUACCGACAUGUGUCCGAUGUGAUUGCCAACUACGAGCAGCUCUCAACGGGAAAACCGCCCCAGCAAGAGACGAAGCAGGACGCAAAACCAGACGCAGAGCCAGAGAGUCAGUGCCACAAGGAAGAGGAACAGAAGGAGGAUAAGGAAAAGGAUGAGCAAUGCUCCCAUCAGGAUACCACCACCAGCGAUCACAGCAUCUGCUGCCCGGUUUGCAAUGAGCUUCGCUACUCCCCGAACAACUGGAGCAAGCUCACGAAGGCGGACCAGUGGCGCAUCGCCAACCUGCACAACGAGCCCAUGGAGAACUACAAGGCCACCUACGAGAUACGGAGUCCGUACAUUUCCCGCCAGAUCUCCUGGGAGGACACCCAGAGUGCGGAGGAGAAGUCAGAGAGAACCGAGAACCAGCAGCCGGAGAAACUGCAGCGUCAGCGCAGCUUCGUGGAGAUUGUGACCACGCGAGCUCCAGAUUCUCCUCCUCCUCCUGCACCUCCUCCACCGCCUCCUCUGCGCUUGAACCUUCCGGCAGCGGAGAUCACCUGGCAGCGGAGUAGAUCGCCCAGUCCUCUGUCCUCCCGAAAGUAUCCGGCGCCACUGAUCGAGGCACCGCACCGGGCCAGCUCACCCUUUGGGCUCAAUCCGGUGAUUGGCAAGAUGCCCCCAGCGCCUUCGCCAUCGCCAUUGCCACUUCCUCCCACAACUCUGGAGUCAAAGUUCUCGCACGUCCCCCAAUUGGAGGGUCACAACAUCGGGCUGCUCGUCCGCACCGCCACGGAACCCCUGCAGCAGAGCAUGGUUGCCUCCUCCUCACUGCUGGCCUCCACGCCCCCAGCCACACCCCGGUCUGCCCGGGGUCAACCAUCACCUUUUGAUUUUUCAGUAGACUCUAGCAAGUUCAGAUCGCUGGCGGCCAGCGAGGACGAGUCGGAGCCGUCCCGACAGCCAUCCGUGCGGGAUUUCAAUGUAAAUCGAUCGUUCGAUAAUGUCUCGCCACGCCCCUAUCUGGGCAUUGAAGGCUAUAAGCGCGUGGCCUGGCCACCCGCCUCGGAGGAGCGCAUUAUCCGUGAGUUCACUCCGCAACCGCAGACCCAGAGCCCGGCACCCGGAGCUGGCGGCUACUAUCCCCAGCCAACGGCAGCUGCUCCACAGCCAAGUGCUGUUCCAGCUCAGGGUCCCAUUUAUAACAACGUCCAGCCACGAUCCACUCCAACACCUCAGCCACGAGCCACUCAGCCACAGGUACAGGCACAGGCACCUCAGCAGCAAUUCCAAUACGGUUCCACACCUGCCCAGGGUCCGGUUCCCUCUCAGUACCCAGACCAAAGCUAUCCCCAUGAUCAGCAGCCCGUGCAGUACACACAGGCGCAGUUCAAUAGACAAUCCUCGAGGGAGCUUGUCCAGGCCCCAGCUCCAGCGGCUGCUUCCGAUGCGUAUCCCAACUAUCAGUCGAACUACCAGAGGCAGCCAUCGCAGGAGCCCCUGAUGGCGUUGGACAAUACGGGCGGUGGCUGGAAGCCCAUUCGUGCACCGUUGCCUAAGUCGCACCAUGACUACACUCCGGCCGGAGGAGCACCUUACCAGGGAUCAGCCCCUCAGCAGCAGCAGCGACCAGCCUAUCUACAGCAGCAGCCACAAUACGGUAGCCAGCAGCAGCCACAGUCACAGUCUGUGGCACCUCAGUGGCAACAACAGCAGCCAGCUGCAUCCCAGCAACCUGCCCCUCAGUGGCAACAGCAGCAGCAGCAACAGCCUUCACCUCAGUGGCAACAGCAGCAAUACCAGGCUCAGCCUCUGGCUCAGGCCCAGGCUCCCUAUCAGGCGCCUGCGCAGCCAUCAUACCAGACGUCACCCUAUCAACAGGCACCACCACAGCAACACCAGCAGCAACAACCGUCCUACUAUCCACAGCAAAACGGUGGCUCGACCUAUGCUCAACCCCAGUACAAUUCUUAUUCGCAGCCCCAACAACAGCAGCAGCAACUGCCGUAUUCGCAGGAUCAGACAGAUCAGCAGCAGCAGCAGCAGCACCAGGUGCCCGUUGCCUUUGCUGGCCAGGACGCUGGCUAUCGUGGCGCCAGUCCCGGCAUCAUUACCUUGCGUAAAGAGGCACCCGUCUCGCAGCAGUCUGCGCCAGUCUACACUUCGCAGCCUGCCGCCGUCAGCUAUCAGGGAGGCAGCAAAUUGCGCGGAGAUUUGAAAUGGCCACCACCAGAGUACAAGGAAGCGGCUGCACGCGAGAAUGAGGAACGUCGCCAGUUGGCCUUGGGCCCCGUCUGCCGUCCCAGAAAAGUAAAUAGGAACAACUUUCGUCAGGACUACACAUCCUUCUUUGCCAAGCAUCAGCUGAACAACGCCUAUCCCAGCUACAAGGUGCCCCCAGGCACCCAACACAUGUUCGCCUAAGUCUGGAGAAUCGGUUGGUUGCAAGAGACGCAGCAGGAGAGGAGCAGAAAGAACAUAAAUUCAAUGGAACCCACUUCAUAAUAUAACACUAGAAACGAUCACACAAAUGUAUAUGUUACUAAAACGAGAAACUAACGAACCAAACCACACUAUCUAUAGAAUAUACAUAUACAAUUGUUAUACUAAUCUUAAAUGACCACUAACGACGCCAUAUAUACAUAUAUCUAUAUAUCAUAUAUAACGAAACGAUUGCCAGGGGUCUGUAGAACCCCUGAGUAGAUGAAAUACAUUACUACAGAAGAGCGGCUGUGUUCCACUCGCCAAACAAUGGAUCCACUCCGGCUAGAACGGAAUGGACCCAUUGGUAAAGUACAUACCGAACUGGAACUGCAACCGCCCCUUAAUCCAUAAAUGACCCAAAAGGAAUGACCCAAGAACCAAGAAACCAGGGCAUUGGAUAACGAAGGAGGAAGAGAUGAUUCUCUAUGUACCCAUACUAUAUACACAUAUUUUGGAGCAUGUGCAUAUAGUAUGGCUAAGAUAGCAGAAGUUGAGAACUAUAUAGUAAACCAUAUAGCGAUAGAUUCUAAGAUAUGUAACAUAAUUGUUACACUGUUAACUAGCAAAUGAAACGGAAACGAUGCGACCCAAGACGGAAACUGAAAAUGAGAUUGAAACCUUGUUCUAGAGCCUAAGGCAUUACUAAUCUAUUAUAUUCUAUUAUAUAUAUAACGUGGAUCCUGCCGGAUAGCUAAGACUAAGGCCCCGUUUCGGCGCCACCUCUUGGCCUAGGGCAAGCACCCCCACUAACUGUAUAUUGUAAAACGAAAGGACUGCAGCCCGAGGCGAAGAUCUUGGCUCAGCCCUUGAAAAAGAGUACACUUAGGAGCUGUCCGGCUAGGCGUCUUAUUGUCUAUUGUUUGAAUUUGCAUGCUUUUUUUUUUGCUUAUAUCUAUACUAUAUAUAUAUACGAUAUAUUUUAUGACCAAAUGGUCGACCAGCACAUGAAAAAAAAACCGUCAAAUAACCCCCGCAUAGAAAGUUAUACUACAAGAUGAAGCUACAACGCCAAUCAGUUCUGUGAGUCAUCAUCAGUCAUCAAUGAAAAAAACAACGAAAUCAACCGAAAAAGUGCCCCAGACCCCCCAUUCAGAUCCCAGAAUGACCGAUCUUCCCACCCCACAAAGGCCGGCAAUACAGCUUGCCCCAUGCACUGGAUUGGCAGAGUGCCCCCCUCCAAAACAUCACCACCGGAUGCAGCAUAGAGCAGGGGGCCCGAGACCAAUCCAUCGGCGGUAAACAGUAUGAGGAUGCCAUUGCCUGCUGUAUGUGCACGGCCCGAGCUCUGUGCGUGGCCUUGGCGCGGUGCAGGGGGGUCGGUCCGGACCGCGGGGCUGGUGGCAGCCACAACUCUCAGACUUUACCAAUUACUAAGACCAGCAAUGUCAAACCGAAUCAAUCAUACACUACGAUGAUGUAUAACUAAUAUGAGAAAUGAAAACUACACUAAAAUAAACGGAAAGUUUCUGAAUACUCGCGACGAGAAGAAA